AAUAGAUCCCCGCUGAUUACGAACACGGAAAUUGAGGAGGUAGACGUCAGCGUUGCACGACUGCAAGAUUCAUAGGUUUUGUGAAUAUAAUUUAUCUCGCUUGAUUCCACAGGUGUCUGAAUAGAAGCACAUAUCAUUUUUCGCAUUUUCAGUCUAUGGAUUUUCUGCAGUUGCUAUCAUGUGCGUGCAUCAUAUUCACCGUCGGGAUGUUCACGACGGGAUUGACAGACUUGAAGAAAAUGAAGGCCACACAGAGUGCAGAUAACGUACAGUUUCUGCCCUUCCUCACCACAUGUUUGAAUAAUCUAGGCUGGCUGUACUAUGGAUUACUGAAGGGAGAUGGAACGUUGAUGUUGGUGAACAUCAUCGGGGCCUUUUUACAGACCUUAUACAUCAUCACCUACUGUCAUUAUACCAAAGACAAGAGGCGAGUGUACUCGCUGACACUGGCGAUGGUGAGUGUGUUGUGUGUAGGCUGGGUGUAUUUCACUGUGCUUAUUCCUCCUGGAGAAGCUCAGCUCUCUCAGCUGGGUCUGACCUGCAGUGUGUUCACCAUCAGUAUGUACCUCUCUCCACUCGCUGAUCUCCUGGAUAUUGUGCGAACUAAGUCUGUGGAGCGCUUGUCUUUUUCCUUGACCGUCGCUACAUUUUUCACAUCAACAUCAUGGACACUGUAUGGCCUUCAACUACAUGACUAUUAUAUCAUGGUGCCCAACACCCCUGGCAUCUUUACUAGCAUAAUUCGCUUCUUCCUCUUCUGGUGGUUCGGAGACGUCAUGUCAAAUAAGUCCUCCUAUAAACUGAUCCAAAUCUGAGAGAGGAUUUCCACUGAAUGUGAUUGAAUUAAAUUAAUUGCCUUCUCUACUUUCCUUUACCCAAGCCAGAAGACAUUCUGGUUUCCUUCACAUUUGACUUCCAUGAUACCAUCUGAAGUGAAACUGCCACUUUAAAUUCUGUGUGGACAGACAAUUUUCACUUUUUCUUUUGUCUUUGUAGGAAAAAGCAUGAUUUACCCAAAAAUGUUAAUCCUGUCAUAAUUUACUCAUGAUCGUGUUAUAUUCCAAAUCUGAGUUAUGGCAUGAGAGUGAGUAAAUGUUGAAAUUAAAUUACAUUACGUUUCUUCCAAAAAAAAAAACUAACUGCAUUUAUUCACUUAUAUUAUUCCAAACCUGUAUGACACAUUUUCAAUUUUUAUUUUUAUUUUUUAUAUAUAUCAUUUUUUUUUUUUUUCCUGCAUGUAAUUACAAAGAAUUGGAACAGGAGCUUUAAUUAAAAAGACCAUACUAUAGUAGUCAUCAUAUCAUUUACUAUAUUCCAAGUUUUCUGAAGCUGUGAGUUAAGAUUUAAGAAACUAAAAAUCUUGAUCUUAGCUCUUGGCACCUGUUUCAUGAACUGAUCAUUCUUGGUCUUUUCAAUGAAUUUGCUCAUUCAUCUGAAUAACUCAGAUCAAGCUCACUGGAGGGGAAUAUGAUCAGACUAUCAUAUAAACUUACAUUUAGCAAACAUGUCUUUAAGAUCUAUUUUAUGAAACUUGUCUAUCAUGAGAUUUCCUGUUCAUUUUUAUUAUUUAUUUUUUUAUAUAAUAAUUGGGUGUGAAAGACUCUCCUCAGAAUGUAUUUUGUUGUGUCCUGGAAGACACGUAAGUCAUACAGGUUUUGAAUGACAUAAAGAUGAGUAAAUAAUGACAGUACAUUAAAAUCUUUAGAAUUUUAAGUUCUCUGAGUGACAGACUAUUUUCACUUGAUCGUUUGGUUAAUCCUUGUAAGGAUGAGGACGCUCUCAGUUUGUUUGGAUGUAUAUCUUAAUAAGUGUUCAUAAUCUGCAAACACAACACGCCUUUAACUGAGAGCUCAAACCUGUUUGUUCCCUUAUGAAAAUUAACCAUAGAUUUAUUAUAGUAGUAACCAUGUUAUUUUUAUUUAUUUGUUUUUUUUGGCUGUUAAUCACCAUUUGAAUAACCAAAGUUUUACUACAAAUUCUAUGGUUAGUGUAGCCAAACCAUGGAGGUUGUUUGUUUGUUUUUUUGUAGAAAAAAAAACAUGGUUAAUUGUCAUAAGGGUUAAUUUAGCUGGUUCUCUGAAAGUGAUGUGUUACUGUUAAGCAGGUACAGUUCUGUUACUUAAUGAAUGUUAAUUAAUCAUAGCAUCAUUCUUAACUGUGUCCAUAUAGCAGUUUGGCAGCUAUUUCAUCAUGAUCCAACUCAAGUGACAAAGCCCAAAAGAAACCUUAUGUGCAUAAAACCUUCCUUUGUGCUGAAGAAUAACGCAAAUAUAAAAAUGAGUUUGACUGAAUGUUGUUUAAUUCAAAAUAUCAGUCUCUGAGAUUUCAGAGAACAGGAAAAUUGUACGUUUUGUAGCUGGAAACUAAAAUGGUCUUUUUCUUAACCCUGUCACUGUCAGAACAUUGUUCUUAACAUUGAACCCAUAAAAACAAUAACAUAAAAUCUUAAACCACUUAAUGGUACAUAUGCUAAAUGGUUUGAUCUGUGAUAAACAUAAACUUACAUUAUGUAUCUUACUGUACAUCUUUAUUCACUGCAGCCUUUCCAAGUCUCUAAGACUGGGCUUUGUGAAUAUAAAAAAAGGGUUAUUAUGAUCAUUUAAAACAUAUCAACGUUGUUUUAUUGUUACAUUGUUUAUUGCUUUGGUGUUGGAAGUUUAUUUGUAUGUUCCUUUGUACUAUUUUAUAUCCUAUGCAACAGUGUGUAUUAUAUCAGAGGGGAUUUAGAGGGAUGUUCUUUCUGGAGUUUACUGAAAACAAAAUGUCUCAAAUAAAUUUUAUAUAACAUAA